AUGGCGCUCGAGGAUCCAGAAUCCAAUGGCCAACCCAGUGACGGCCUCGCGCGUGUUCCGCCCACACCCACGGAGGAGACACCGCUUCUUUGCGGCCAGGAUUUAACUCAGCAAGGACAGAAUGGCGCAAGAACCGGGGAAGCAGACGGCGCUGGUGUCCCCCUCGUCAAAGAACCCACGACAAAGGAAUUGAUCCUGGUCCUGAGCAGCAUCUGGCUGGGAGUCUUUCUGGCUGCGUUGGAUGGCACCGUCAUUGCGACUCUCUCGGUGCCGAUUUCGUCCUACUUCAACUCGCUCUCCCUGCUUUCCUGGCUGGCUACUGCCUACCUGAUCUCGAACGCUGCCUUCCAGCCUCUGAGCGGCAGGCUGACGGAUAUUUUCUCUCGACGCGCUGGGCUUGUCGUGUCCAACAUCUUCUUUGGCAUUGGCAAUUUAAUCUGUGGGCUCGCGACGGAAGAAUGGAUGAUGAUUGCAGGACGGGUGGUAGCCGGGAUCGGUGGUGGUGGCCUGACUGCGAUCUCUACGUUCGUCACGUCAGACUUGGUUCCCCUCCGUCGUCGAGGAGUUUGGCAGGGGAUUGGAAACCUCUGCUACGGAGCGGGCAUGGGGCUAGGCGGAGUCUUUGGCGGGUUUAUGAACGAUGUGCUCAGCUGGCGAUGGGCGUUUUUGAUCCAGGUCCCUUUCGUCGCCAUCUCGUGUCUCCUCGUUGCGUUUACAGUGAAGAUUCCGGUGAAAGAGACGGACAAGUCGAGGAUCAAGAGGGUGGAUUUCUUAGGCGCUCUGACUCUUGUUAUUUCGCUGGUCUUGCUCCUGCUGGGUCUCAAUGCAGGAGGCAACCAGGUGCCAUGGACGCAUCCUCUGGUUCUUACGAGCUUGCCUCUCUCCGUUGUGUUCUUGAUCAUCUUCAUCUACGUUGAAGACAAGAUUGCCUCGGAGCCGGUGAUCCCCGUCCGCCUUCUGCUGGAUCGGACGGUUUUCUCUGCGUGCCUGACCAACUGGUUCUCCACUAUGGGGGUCUUCGGGUUGCUGUACUACGUGCCGCUUUACUUUCAAGUUCAGGGCCACUCUGCCACGGCUUCGGGAGUUCGCCUCGUCCCCCAGGCCGUGGGCACCUCCCUGGGAUCCCUAGGUUCCGGGAUGCUGAUGCGGACUACUGGCCGGUAUCUGCUGCUCAGUCACAUCUCUAUGGCGCUCUUGGUCGGAUCUACGGCGGUAACCUGCACUUUUACUCUAUCCUCCGCGUCGUGGCUGGCGUCUGCUUGCCUCCUUGUCCUUGGAGUCGGCUACGGGUCCAUGCUCACCGUGACUCUGGUGGCACUGAUCUCUGCCGUCGACCACCAGCACCAUUCGGUCGUGACCUCUGCCUCGUAUGCAUUCCGCAGCACGGGGAGCACCAUUGGCAUUACCAUUGCAUCCGCUGUGUUCCAGAAUGUCUUGAAACUGGGGCUGUGGUCCCGUUUCGGCGGCCGCAAAGGAGCGGAUCAGCUGAUCCCCAAGCUCCGCGACAGCCUCGAUGAGAUCCGCAAGGUGCCGGCAGACUGGCAACAGGGGGUUUUGGACGCUUAUAAGGACUCACUGCGCGCGGUAUUCAUCACUCUGCUGGCGCUGACGGUGCUCGCUGCGCUUACUCGCCAUCUGACUUUGUGGAUUGUACUGUACAGAGUACUCCUUGGAUUGAAAGCCGAGGAUUUGGCUGUGACAGAGGAAUCAAAGAAUAUCAGUCCGAAGCGAGUAUGCGUUCGAGAGAUGGCCGUCGAUGGCGAUUCCGAUGGCGAUAGUGCUGGAGAAUGCGGGAAUCCCAAUAAGGGCCUCAGAACAGUCGCUUCUCCGCAGACUGAUGAAGUAGGUUCCUCCCGGCGGCGGAAACGGGUGCUGCUGUCUACGGAGAGCGCCUUUGUCGACAACUUCCUUCCAUGUCUGGUUCAGAAUCCCGAUGUCGAGCUCCGUUUGAUCACGGAUGAGGAGCCGUCGGCCCUGCUCGCUGGGGCGAACAGAAUACCCCAUUACAUGGACUCGGUAGACUGCCAUACCUUCGAUAAGAAGACCGGUCCUCGGAAAUGGCUGAGAGCCAAGGCGGCGGAAUUGAGUGAAUGGGCCGACCUACUCAUCGUUGCCCCUAUCGAUGCGGGCACCUUGGGAGCGAUGCUGUCUGGCCUCACCAGUACUUUGACCCUCGCCCUCCUUCGUGGCUGGGAUUCAAAGAAGCCAGUUCUCCUCGUUCCCGGAAUGACGGUCGCCGAGUGGACGAAUCCAUUGAGUGAGAGGCAGCUCAAUGAGAUCAAACGGCAUUGGCCCUGGGUUAUUGUUAUAUCUCCGAUUCAAUGGAAACUCGCUGGCCCCGAGGAAAUGACGCAGCUGCCUUGGGAAGGAAGAGAUGAAUUCGAAAAAGUCGUGCGCGAGACGCUUGGGUUGUCUUCAACAAGCGAAGGCGGCCAGGCCGGCGAUGCAGCUGUUUGCCAUGAGCCUGUACCAGAAGACAAGAUCGCGAAAUCAAUACAGCCUGACAAGCCCAGUGAUAGUGGUAGUGCCCAGGUGGGGAAGCUUUCAGGACAGGCCGCCCGAAAGCCGGAGAAACUGCAGGACAGACGCCCCAAGACGCUGCCUCUUGAGCUGUGGCUGAGUAUUUUCGAGGACCACCUCGGAGACUGGGAGAUUGCCAAAGCGGUUGGCAUUCCCACCAAACUUCCAGUUCCGAAGGAGUGGCAGCCUCACAUCCUGAAGAUGUCGACCCCUGCAUCCUUGGAGUACACGAUCCUCCGAGGUUCCUUUGCCGCCAUCAAGUCUCGAAUCGAGGCGCUGCCCCGAUGGAAGCCGCUGUCGGACCUGGCGUGUCACCUAAUCUUCAAGUUCUCGAGGACUGACAUCCUGACGUAUCUGUCGGAGAAUCACCUGGACCUCUUCUGCACAACUGCCCGUUUGACCAACCUCCCGUACCGUGCUUCUGCCAUCUACGGUAACCCAAAGAUUCUCACGUGGUGGCGGGAUUCAGCGGCUCUGCCGACGAAGGAGUAUAUUGCAGACGCCAUGGACGGUGCGUCCCGGGCCGGGUUUGUCCACGUCCUGGAGUGGUGGCGCACGUCGGGUCUGCCGCUUCGAUAUACGGAGCGAGCACUCGAGUCGGCCAGUGCAGAAGGUCACGUCGCGGUGUUGGAGUGGUGGAAGAACGCAUCUCUCAACGCGCCACCUUCCGACCCGAUCCCGCUGAAAGUGGGCAAAUCGGUCCUUCUGGCCGCGCAGUCCGGCCAGACGGCCUCGCUUGCCUGGUGGGAUGCGUCGGGGAUACCCUACACGCAUUCGGAAUCGGUCGCCCGCAUCGCCAGCACCCACGGCCACGUCCACGUGCUCGACCUGUGGCACCGUCUCAAGGGGCCAAAGAUGAUCUUCGACAACCAGGUCUUGGUCGGCGCGACCAAGAACGGACACGACGACGUCCUCGAAUGGUGGCGCCGCAGCGGCCUACGCGUCGAGUUCAAGACGUGCGACAUCGAAGAGGCGCUCGAAGACGCAGACCCGACGUCGGGCGCCGAGGAACGAGUUCGACGGUGGUGGGCGCGGAACGGGCUCAAUCUGGGAGUUGGGACAAGUGAAUGGUUGAGGGUGAAAGUUUUAUCGCAGAAUUAA